GAUCAAUAAAUAAUUCUUCAUAUAGAAGUUUCCAUUUUCGGUGUUUGAUUGGUGGGAAAAUCACCUCUAGUUUCCCACCCCUGAGAAAAUCCACAUGACAGUCACAGCAGGGAUCGGCUACGCCUUGAUUUCCCUAGGGCCUUCCCUCUCCCUCUUCGUCUCUGUCAUCUCCAAAAAGCCCUUUUUGAUCCUCACCGUUCUCUCAAGUACACUGUUGUGGCUCAUUAGUCUGAUCGUUCUAUCUGGAGUAUGGAGGGCUUUUCUUCCUUUGAAAACAACAGCAUGGUGGCCAUAUGCAAUUCUUAUAAUCACAUCCAUUGCUUUUCAAGAAGGGCUCCGGAUUCUUUUCUGGAAAGUGUACAAGAGGUUGGAAGAUAUAUUGGAUGCUUUUGCUGAUAGGGUCUCAAAGCCUCGCUUAUUUCUGACAGAUAAGAUGCAAAUUGCUCUGGCUGGUGGUUUGGGCCAUGGCGGUGCCCAUGCUGUCUUUUUCUGUCUUAGCCUCUUGACACCUGCAUUUGGUAGAGCAACGUUUUUUGUUGAUAGGUGCUCCGAGAUACCAUUUUUUCUUAUUUCUGCACUUAUCGCUCUUGCAUUUGUCACAAUCCACACAUUCUCGAUGGUCAUUGCGUUUAAUGGAUAUGCAGAAGGGAACAAGGUGGACCAGCUUUUUGUUCCUGUAGUUCAUAUGGUUGCAGGAAUGGUGACAUUGAUCAAUCUUGCAUCUGGGGGUUGCGUCAUUGGGAUUCCCUUUCUCUAUUUCUUGGCAGUAUUGACCAUGAUGCACUGUGGGAAGAUGGUAUGGAGAAGAUUAACAGAAACCCAAAGCAGAGAACGCAGUUCAUAGUUGCCAGUCACUCCUGUAAAGUCUACUGCAUCAGUUUCGUGCAGUUCCCUCAUGCAUGUGUGGAAGUAGGAUCAUUCAAAAAAGCACUUGGAUGCUUCUACAGCUGGAAUAAGUAAUGUGAUCAUGUUAAAAUUCAUUACCAUAUCCAGGAAUUUUUCUCUUAACUCUGGAUCAAGUAGUUAUAGAUUUCUUUUUGUAUCUUUUUUUAUGCAUCAAAUACUCUUAAUAUGUAUUACCUUCCAAGUACUUGCCAAGGCAUUUGAUCCAUCUGAUAUUGAUGUUCUUCACUUGUGCCCUUCUUCA